AUGAAUACGCUACUUCAGUUAUUCAACGCGUGUGUCCGACUCGGAUACAGCCCCACACACUUCCGCAAAUCAAUCACAGUGGUUCUCCGCAAAGGGGGCGAGAGAGACUUCCAACUAGCCAAAUCAUAUAGGCCGGUGGCUCCCCUCAACACCUUAGGGAAGUUCCUUGAGUCGGCAGUCGAGCAAGAGGGACUGCUGCCCCCGACGCACCUUGGUGGUCGGAAGGGGAUAUCCACAGACCAUGCGAUUCACAAUAUGAUCGAUCGAAUCAAAAUGGAAUGGGGCAAGGGCAAGCCAGUAGUUUCACUACUGAUGCUUGACGUGUCUGGAGCGUACGACAAUGUGUCUCACGAACGCGUAGGAUGGUGGAACCAGAGAACGUUAUGGACGAGGAUCCAGAUACAGAUAUAUGGGCGACCCAACCACAACAACAAGAACAACAGCAACCGCCCUCACAACCGCAGCGCCAGAAGGGGAGGACUAUCUCAAGUGAGGCAGGCCAUCUUCUACGACAGUUCGGAGCCGCAGGCACCAAUUCUCUGA